CAUCAAGUAAAAAAGGAGAUUUCUGAUCAUCUCAUCUUUGUCACACGGAUACGCAAUACUGUGUUGAUGAGUGCAUUUGUUAUGAACCACACAUUUGUAGUUCAUUGUCGCUUGAUGAUGACGUAACCAACGUGGGUCAAGGAAUAAUCGGUGGCGGUAGAGGAAGAUUUGCUCAAUAGCACUCAACUUAAUCUAUGGUUAAAAUUAAAAUAGUCGUUUAUGAAAGUACUUUAUUGACUUCAAAUUGUACGUUGAAGCAAGAGAGAGGGAGUCAUGUCGGUAAAUUACGCCGCUGGACUAUCUCCCUAUGCAGACAAAGGUGUAUGCGGGCUCCCGGAGGAGUUUGAUAGUCCAGGGGAGUUGAGAGUGAAGGUGGAGACUCUGGCCCAGCUGAUUAAGGAGUCUCAGUACAUGGUUGUCCACUCAGGAGCGGGAAUAAGCACCUCUGCAGGCAUACCUGACUUCAGGGGUCCUAAGGGUGUAUGGACCAUGGAGGAGAGGGGAGAGACUCCCCACUUUGAGACCACCUUUGAGGAUGCCACGCCCAGCUUUACCCACCUCGCUCUCCUGGGACUGCAGAGGGCUGGCUACCUUAAAUACCUGAUCAGCCAGAAUGUAGAUGGCUUGCAUGUCCGCUCAGGCUUCCCCAGGGACCUGUUGUCUGAGCUGCACGGCAACAUGUUUGUGGAGGAGUGUGGAAAGUGUGGCAGGCAGUAUGUGAGGGAGAAGGUGAUUGGUGUGAUGGGGCUGAAGCCGACAGGACGCUACUGUGAGGAGGUCCGCUCCAGGGGUCUCAGAGCCUGCAGAGGGAAGCUGAUCAGCACCAUACUGGACUGGGAGGAUGCUCUACCCGACAGAGAUCUCAACAAGGCAGAUGACGCCAGCAGGAGAGCAGAUCUGGCUCUGACUCUGGGCACCUCCCUGCAGAUCAAACCCAGUGGAGACCUCCCCCUCCUCACAAAACGCAAAGGGGGCAAGGUGGUCAUCGUUAACCUGCAGGCUACCAAACACGACAAGCAUGCACAUUUGCGUAUCCAUGGUUAUGUGGACAAUGUCAUGAAACAGCUGAUGGAACUGCUGGGAUUGGACAUUCCAAAGUGGGAGGGGCCAACCCUCUGUGAAAGCUCCACAGCCAACACAGCACCUGAUGCUGAUGUGAAACCACCGCCUGUUACAAAAAAAGAAGUGAAGAGGGAGGUGAGGAAAAGACUGGCUGAACCCAAAAAUGAGGAAGUGGAUGAGGGGAAAGAGCCAGGUCCAGUGAAGAAGGAGAGAACAGACUCACCCUCAGGACCAGAGGAAAACAAAGGGUGUGUGGUUCAGUCUGACUCUGGGCCUGUUGAUGGCCAAGCCCCUGUGACCAGGACCCCUCCAAGCCCUUAGACAACCCAGAUUCUCCCCCUACUCAUGCAAACAUGCACAGCGUCCACAAGCCCAACUCUACUAAUACUCUCCCACUGGUGUCUUACACACACACACACACACACACAGAUCAAAGCUCACGCCCAGCAGUAGUGAAAGUCCUGCAGCCUAACUGAGGUAAAGAUUACUGGUGGAACCCUCCAGAGAGACCUACAUCACAGAUAUAUAUAUGACCUGAAUUAUAACAGGUCUCACAUUGAGAUGCAGGCUAGAGGCAGGUGCCCCAAGUUCUUGCAUCAUUGGAAUCCAGAGCAAAGGCACAAAGCUCAGUAGAUUCCAGUGGACCACAGAAUGAAAUGAUGAUUGAUGCUUAGAACUGAAGUUGAAUCCUUGUCCAGGAUGGUGUGCUUAGGAGGUUGUCAUAGAGGGCACACAUUACCGUAGGUCAUCCAUAUGUCUCUUAAGUUGGCUGAGUGUGUAGUUAUGGCCUUUGAUGCUGUGAUAUCUAUUUUUUACCCCCAAAUCCCUUUCUUUCUUAACCUUGACUUGUAUCACGUUCAUUGUUUUGUUUAUUUAAAUACAUACUCUGUGUUCUGACAUCAAGUACCUGUACAUUGUCCAGAUGUUUUGAUAAUAAACAUUGCAUAUGAAAUGGUGUGCA